UCAUAAAGUCCAAUUGUCUAUUUAUUUCUCAAACAUUUAUAUUCCUUAAGUCUGUAAGCGUCCACCAGCAAAAAUGAUCAAAAGCAUUUUUCAUAAGAGUGUUCUUGUCAGUAUUGUCAUGUGAAGUCCAUUACAAACAGUCCGCCAACUUCUUCUUCGUUUUCAUUAGUUUGGCAACAUUACUCUUGAUAUAGGGAUAUAUACUGUAUGUCAUAUAUUACAUUUCUGUAUGGGUUUCUGUGAAGAGCAGGGUACUUAUAAAUGCAGUGCCUCCUGAGAGGCUGUGUCCUAUUCAGGGCAGAUGAACCCCAGAUAUCUUCCACCAAUCAAUUAGUAGUAAUAGAUCAACAUUAGGAAAAUACAAAAAGUCUGUAAGUGGACUUAUGGAAAAGGUGGGUGGAUAGUAAAUAAAAGUGGACAAUAAUUAGCCAAAAAGAACAAAAACACCUGUAUGAUCCUACAUACCUCCAAGUUAUUUCUAAGCACUAAAAGAGGCGGGACUAAGCGCCUGUGCCUAGAAACCCAAACCCAGGGCAACAAACUCCCACCGCCAUGAAUGAACGUUAGCUAACAAUCAUGCAAGCAGCUAGCUAGCUAGCGAGGGCUAACUCUCAACCAAAGGGGAAUAAAACUGUGUUAUGAGAAGAUUUUUUUUAACGUCGCGGGAAGACAUGCUGUGACUGAGCGGUGUCCUCCAGCUGCGGCAACAUGUUGCCCUCAACCAGCUCCUUGGUCAGAUCCGCUGUCAAGCUGCUGCCGCGGCGGCCAUGGAGUCGAGGACGCAUCUGGUGCUUGUGCAGAAACAUUUCUGUGAAACCAGGAGGUUUGAAACCAAAGACGGUUCCGCCGCGGUACCUGGGCCAGCCGAGCCCUUUCACUCACCCACACCUCAUCAAACACGGUGAGGUGACUCCAGGCUUGAGCCAGACAGAAUACGAGCUCCGCAGACACCGGCUGGCCUCUCUUAUUGAGGCCCAGGCAGACAAGCUGGGACCCUCCGCCUCCUCCGGCGCCCACGUGGUCAUCGUUUUGUCCCAUCCGACCCGCUACAUGACCAAUGACAUCCCGUAUCCCUUCCACCAGAACCAGGAUUUCCUCUACCUCAGUGGCAUCCUCGAGCCGGACAGUGCCUUGGUUCUGUAUGGGAAAGGGCGACCAGAUCAGGCCAUCUUGUUCGUCCCCCGCAGAGACCCGGGGAGAGAGCUGUGGGACGGGCCGCGGUCAGGGAAGGAUGGGGCAGCUGCUUUGACCGGCAUAGAGAGAGUUCACAGCACUGAGGAACUGGGUCUUGUGCUCAAGACCCUUAAAGGCACUCUGCUUUGGUACGAUAGUUCUCAGCCUUCCCACCCUCGGCUGCACCAGGCUUACGUGUCUCCGCUGCUGGAGGCGGGGCCGAUGCCGCGCUCUCUCAGGCCCCUCAUACACUCUCUCAGGGCCCUCAAGAGCUCAGCAGAGGUGGCGCUCAUGCAAGAAGCGGGUCGCAUCACAGCACAGGCUUUCAGGAGGACGAUGGCUCUGUCUCGAGGAGACGUGGAUGAAGCUGUGCUCUUCGCUAAGUUUGAUUUUGAGAAUCGGAUCCAUGGCGCCAACUUCCUGGCCUAUCCCCCCGUGGUCGCUGGAGGGAAUCGAGCCAAUACUCUCCACUACAUAAACAACAACCAGAUUAUAAAGGAUGGUGAGAUGGUGCUGCUCGAUGGCGGUUGCGAAUACUUCGGUUAUGUCAGUGACAUCACUCGAACGUGGCCGGUGAAUGGAAAGUUCAGCCCCGCCCAGGCCGAGCUGUACGAGGCCGUCCUGGAGGUCCAGCGCUCCUGUUUGUCUCUGUGUUCCCCGGGCGUCAGUCUAGAUCACAUCUACAGCACCAUGCUGGCUCUGCUGGGGCGACAGCUCAGGCAGCUCGGGAUCGUCAAGGCCAGUACCGGUGACGCUGAUGUACUAAAGGCUGCUCGGCGGUACUGCCCCCACCACGUCGGUCAUUACCUGGGCAUGGACGUCCACGACACUCCCGAGCUUUCCCGCUCACAGCCUCUACAGCCAGGAAUGGCCAUCACUAUAGAACCAGGUCUGUACAUCUGCGAGGACAACGACCAGGCGCCAAAGCGUUUCCGCGGCCUGGGCGUCAGGAUCGAGGACGAUGUGGUGAUCCAAGACAUGGGAGGCCCUCUGAUUCUGUCCUCUGACGCGCCAAAGACCAUCGCUGAUGUAGAACAGGCCUGUGCCCAGAGGUAGGACAGGGAGAGACGGACAGCGGGUCCAUGGUGAUGACAUCAUCAGGCUCAGGGCCCAGGUACAUGAAAAAGGUGGAAGUGCACUGCAAGACUCUGGUUUUAGUGCCAUUCAAUAUCUGGUGUGGAAGCUCUUAGAUUUUGUGGACUGCAGAAAGUCUGAACAUGUUUCAGUUCAGGAGAUAAAGUGUCGGUUUGUAACUUCACAUACAGCAGUUACAGAGACGCCGCAUGGAAUCAUAUACAAAUAAUCACGUAUAAUAAAUUUAUCUCGUGAUGUGACGGAGCGAUCAGCAGGUGAAAUCCAGGGAGCCUCAGUUAACCUCUUGCAUCAAAUAUGUAUUCAGUUUAAGUAGUGGGGCAGAUGGGCAAAACAACUAUGCAUUUUUAUGACUAAAGCAUGAAAGUUUCACAUUAUAAUCUACACAAGGUUUUAUUUCAGACAUGGAGGCAAUUUAUAUCUGACCUCUGGUGACCUUAAGAGGUCACUGACCUCAGCUUUGCAUUUUACCAGUUUCUGCCCCGUCACUCGCCGUUAUAAUCAUGGUUAUCUUUGCCAAAAUUGCAUUUUUGUUCUGAUAAAGAUGCUUCAUUUUGCUUAGAGCACCAGUUUUGCAGACCCCCCCCCCAUUUCCUGGUGUUAAUGUAGCUAUAGCUUGUUAAAAACAUUCACAACUUCUGCUGUGUGAUCUAUGGGAUUACAUGACUAGCUAGCACAUUAGCGAACACUCUCAUCAGAAGCUAGCAUGCUAGUUUGGUCUGCACCACACUCAUUAGUCCAUGUGGUUCUGGUCUGAGGUCACGUCUGAAAUGUCUCCACAUCUGAAAAUAAACUUCCUGGUUUAUAGAAACACUGCAGGAAGUUUCAUGCGUUAGUCACAAAAUGCUCAAUGAGCUUCCAUUUUCAAGCUCAUCUGCUGCACUUAAGAUCCAACGCUUGGAUCCAGAAACCAUGGAAGCAUUUUCAUUCGUAAAAACCUACAGUAUUUGCUCCACACCAUGUUUUUCAGAACAGCCGCCAUCAUGAUACGCCGGCUGAUAAAUGUUCCUUUGUUGUGUCACUCAAAAAACUUCUGAAGCCUAUGUGCACACACCUCAUUUGUCUAUUACACACAGAAAUGCAUCGUUAUCCCCCAGUUCAUGCUACAGUACAAAAGAUGAAAAGAGCAGAUGUUGAUGUUGCGCUCGCCUUGCUGUGGGAUGGUCAGGAAGGACCAGAGGAUGUCAAAUCAACAGACCAACAUAUUUAAAGACACAAGUGAUGAUGAAUAAAGAGGAACCUGUACACCACAGCUGCUCCUGAUGAACCUGCGAUGAUUAUAAUUACUACACCAAUCCACUGAAAUGUGAAAAAGUGUAUACUGUCCGUGCGUGUGUGCGUGUGUGUGUGUGCGUGUGUGUGUGUGUGUAUGGGUAUGGGUAUGGGUGGGGAAUUUUGUCUUUUAAGGAAAAUGGCGUUUAUAUGUAUUAAAAAGAUCUUGUUAUUUUUUCUUUCAUAACUGAUCAAUUUUGUUGGUUUGACUCAAGUUACUUACAUGAUCGCAGUGAAUUAGGCUACAAACCAUGACACCCCAGGGUUACAUGGUCACAUCGGCAAAGGACAUACCAGUAAAACAGCUUAGAAUAUAUAAAUAAAUAGAAAGAAGAGAAGGGAAGAAGGAGAUCUUGGUUCCAAUUAUUGAACUUCUGAAUCUGAAUAGUCAUAUUUUUGUGGCAGGAGUGCACAGACUUUUAACUCAGGCACUUAAUUACUUUGGAGAUUAUGUAUUUAAAUGUAAAUGUAAAGAAAAUCUAUUUAAAAUAUGAUCUAUUGUUAUAGAUUAAACUACCCAACAGUAAAUAAGAUAAUUAAAAUUAGCCACUUUUUUACCUUUUAGUUUUUUCACUUUUGAUAGUACUGAACACUUAAAUUCUUAAUUAACAUUUUAAUGCAAGACUUGUACUGAAGUAUUUUUACACUGUGGUAAACGAUCUGAAUACUUUUUCCACCACAUGCUGAUGAUCACAUGAAACAUUUUGAGAGGUACUUUAACAGGUGCAUAAGUAUUAUCAGCAAAAUACACUUAAAUCUCAAAAAUAAUAGUAACUCAUUAUAGUUAAUGAGCUAAAAUGAUUUCAUAUCAUUUGAUUGUGUAUUUCAGGGUGUGGGGGUUGCAAAGGGACAAACAGCACAUUUUUUGUAUCACUUAUCUUUAUUGAUUUUGAACAUUGUACAUCACUUUUCCAGAGUGUUUUGGAUAUAUCCUAAAACUUUCCCCUCCUUCCCGCCCUCCCAACACCUUGCCCAUGAACUGAUAGCCAUCAGCUUUGACGAUGGUUUACAAAAUGAUAAUUAAUAAAUUACUUAAACAUAUAUCACAGCGUUAACAUGCAGAGCUAUAAACCUGUUAAUCAAAAAAAUAAAUAAAAACACUUUUCCAAUGUAUAGGAAUAGGAUGUUUAACUUGUAAUAGGCAGAGAUUAACAACCACAUUUUUUGCCCCAGGGACCCAUGAUGGGUAAAUCUAUAAUAUUUACCUCUAAAAGGUAGUGGAGCAAAUACAUAGAGUAGCCUUAAUUGCAAAAUACUGUAAAAUAUGUAUUUUAAAAGUGGUAGUACUUUCCACCACUGAGUGCUACUGUAUUCUUAAAUCAAUUCCCUCAUUUUAAGUUGUUUAUAAUUGAUAAUGAACGUUACUUUGAGUCUCUCAAGUAGGUAACAAACAAGAAAUCCAUGUCAGCAGUUAAUAUUAUAUUUUUAAUUUUUUUUUUUUUUUAAUUUAUGUAUUUGUUGUUUUUUGUUUGUUUCUUUUAUUGAAGAACUUAUGUGUGAAAAAAGAUCAGAUUUAAAUAAAGGAAAAGAAACUGUAAACUACUGUAGUUGACUGAGCAAGAUGAGAGUGGAGCGUCACUGUCCCCUACAGCUUGAGCUCGAGGACUGCCGACAGCGUACGGAACCGGUUUCCGGACAAUCCCGAACACCUACGAAGACAACCUCCCCUCUUCUUCCCUUCCUCCCUCCCUCCCUCCCUCCCUCCCUCCUCCCCUUCACGCCUAAUGUUGCUGUACCUCCAACCCUCCCCCCGUAUCAGAGGAGUAGAAACAACAAGCCGCCAUUUUGUUUGUGCGGACAGACCGUCAGAAACAGGAGAUAACCGAGAGAAGGAGCGACUCCGGCAACCGACGACAGCUGCUCCGGUAACCGCCGGGGAAAGAAAGAAGUGGCGAAAUCCUGUCCGUGUUAUCAAGGGAGCGAAAGCAUCACCAAAAAAAAGAUAAGACGUCAGUGGAGGGAAAACCGAGUCGGUGAUAUAUAUGUAUGCAUGAGAAGGAAAUACUCCGAAAAAUCCAAGGAAGGGGGUGUUUUGCGGAGCGGAGACGGAGAGGAGAGGCGGAAGAGAGCUAUAUAUAUAUAUUAUCAUAACGAGGAAAAACCUGCGAAAAAAGGGGGAAAACACCAACAUGAAAAAUCAUUAUGUGUCCGUCGCGGAGGAAGGAAAGAGCCCGCAUAGACAAUUAUAUAAAUAAAUUGCUGCCGGGCAGAAGGGAGAGGUGGAAAGAAAGACGGGUUUAAAGAGAAGGGGAAAAUUUGCCAGGAUCAACACGAAGGGGGGGCAUUCUCCAUCACAAAGAGUCAAUGAGAGGAUUUUGUCAGCCCAAAAUAUUUCAGGGGGGUGUCAACAUCAUUGUGCCGAUCUGAAGCUUUCCGCUUCCGAAAUAGCCAUAAAUUUCUUAGCGAUCCACCGUCAAAAAAAUUUGACCACAUUUUCUCGUGUCGCCGUAGCUGAGCUCCUGUUUUUUGUUUUUUUUUUUUGUUACGAGCUUUCUGUUUCUCUUCGCUUGCAUGGCCAAGACAUCCUAUAAAGCAGUGAUUUACGGGUAUAUAUAUAUAUAAAUCUUGUUUUUUUUUUUUUUUCCGGAAUAUCAAUCACCCCUUUUCAUUAUCUGAGAUUUUCAAGAGUUCAAAAAAACCAAGCGAGAAUCGGAGGAGGAACCUCUUCUGGAGCACAAGAUAAGUGACCACACAGAUCGUCCUCUGCAAAAAAAUAAAAAAAAAAACUAAUUG